UGAACACUUCAGCCCAACAUCUCAGUCAGCAGACUACAGUUCAUCUAGCCACACUUCACAAACUAAUGUCUUUGUCAGGCAUGGAUAUCCUGACAAAAGUUAUGACUGGUUCUUUAAGCAGUUUGAAAAGGCUUUUAAUGAACUUCAUGGUCUCAAGCAGCAGAAUGCAGAAAUGUUAGAUAUGAGGCACAGAUAUGAUCAGCUUACUAAGGAAAUGAAGCACUUGCGUGAAGUGAAAAAAGCGGAGUCUCAACGUCUGCAGCAAGCAGCUGCAGAAAUACAUGCACUGAAGAUGCAGCAAACAGAGCUGCAAGUUGAAAAAAAACAAUUAUGGGAUGAAAAUGCUUCUUUGCAAAAGCUCAGGUCAGAAGACAAACAGGAGUUGACUGAGCUUAGGAUUCAACAGAGGAAGAUGCUGAUCAAACACAGUCAGGUGAAGGAUCAAUUGACUAUGGUCAUUAAACAGAGAGAUGAUUUCUGCAAAGAUUUCAACCAGACUUUUGCAAAGCAUGCAGAAUUAAAGAAAAGCUAUGAAGCUUUGAGAGCUGAGAAGGAUGCAGCUGUUAAGGAAUAUGCCCUUGUGAUGUCCGAAAGAGAUACAGUUCAUAAAGAAAUUGAACAGCUUCAGGAUAGAUUGUCAUCUGUGAGCAAACACCUUGACAUAGUAUCUAAUGAAAAGAAGGAACUUGAAGCAGAGCUUGCUGUCAUGAGGCAAAAUUUAGCUAGUACACUCGCAGAAAAUGAAAAGUACUGGAGAGAGAGAAAUGAUUUCAGUGGAAUUAAUCAGAGUCUGAAACAACAGAGAGAUAUGUGUUGGAAGGAAAGAAGUGAAGCUUAUGAGCACAUAGAGCAGAUUGUAAAAGAAAAAUAUGAGAAAGCACAAAACGACAAAACUGUAGAAAUUAACAAUGUCACCAAAGAAACAGAAAACCUGAAACAACAUCUUGAGAAAUUAAAACAGGAUUUAGAUAAUGCUGAACAAGAUGCUGAAAAUGCAUAUAAAAACAGAGACAAGGCCUUCAGUGAACGUGACAAGAUUGUUCAGGAAAGAGAGAGCAUUAGGACACUUUGUGAUAAUCUGAGACGAGAUAGAGACAGGGCAGUUAGUGAUCUUGCUCAAGCCCUGAGGGAUUCUGAUGAUUUUAAGAGACAAAAAAAUGAGGCUGUGAAAGAGUUGAAAGCAGUAAAGAACCGUUAUGAGGCUCUGCUUGAAAAAGAUUCAAGACGUCAGCAGCUGCAUAAUUUAGGACAUAACAACAGUCGUGACUCUGCUAUUGAUGCAGAUCUACAGGAUUUGGGCAUUGAAACAGUUGAGGUAACUGUGGAACUGCAAGGUGAACACAGUGGAGAAUUUGGAUUUGAUAUAGUUGGGGGGAAAGGUGAUCCCCAGUUUCCAAAUGAUUCUAAUCUGUUUGUGAGUCAUGUGUCCAAGGGUGGCAUUGCUGAUGGAAAAUUAAAGGUGAAUGACACAGUACUUAGGAUCAAUAGCCUGGAAACUGUCGGUAUUAACAGGAGAACAGCGCUUCAGGCAUUAAGAAACAGUUUAGGACCCAUUCACAUGGUAGUAAGAAGACGCCAGUCAGCUGCUGGUAGAAUAUGGCAUCCUGUACAGAUUAUCAUGACUUGCCAAAAAGAUCCAGGCAUUCACAUUGAGCAAGGUUUGUUCAUUGGUCACAUUUAUCCAGCAGGAGUUAUUGCAAAAUAUGGAGUUCUACCUUGUGUUGGUGACAGAAUUGUUAGUAUAAACAACAUCCCUGCAGACAGCCUUACACCUAGAGAAGCAAUGAGAAUUCUGGAGACAUCUACGGAUUCAUUAGUUUUGGAUGUGUGGCGUCAGUCAUCACCAUUUAGCUCUGCUGGUUCUUCUCCAACACCACCUAUUUCAGGAAACAUUGUGUCCCCCUUGCAAGAUGGUUCUUCAGUAUCCAAUAGCAUGAGCAAAUCUGACACUUUAGCUCUUUAUAACAGUUCUUGGGACUCACCAGGUUAUGCAAGCCUAGGUAUGGAAAGCAUUAAAGGUGUCUGCAGUAGUGGUUCUCAGACAGACAGCUUAGACAAUCCUGUGCUGAACCCAUACAAAAUUUUUCAUAACCACGAACCAGAUAAAGUAAGACACAGCUUGCCUAUAUUAGAUAAAGCUAAAGAAAAGGUGGAGAGAAUUUUUCGUGUUCGACAUAAAAGUCAGGAUAGAGACAAAGACUGUGGAGUAAGAAAAGAGACAGGUGAUGAAAUUUAUCAGAGACGCCAUGACCAGGAUAAAUCUGUUCUCAAACUUGAUGAUGAUUAUGGCACUCAAGUCAACUUAUCCAGCACAGAAAACGUCAUUGCAGAAUUCCCCAGUAAUGUAGAGUAUGACCACACAGCAAACAACAUAUUCAGCACCGCUUGUGUAAUUUCUAAAGCAAAACCUUCAAAUACUCGUAAACGAGACUGGGAGCUUGAUAGUAACAGUGGCACAUGGCCUAAAACUAAAUGUCAGCAGAGUCAGAAUAUAUCAGGAUCUCCAGCCAUAAUUUUUUCUCCUGGUCACAAGCCACAGAGGGCUCAGCCCAGUGUAAGAGACAUAUUUUGUGGAAACUCAGAGAGACAACCUUAUGAGAAAAGUUCUGUUUCUGGGCCUGUUUUUACUUAUAGUAUGCAGAAUUCAGAUUCAGGCUGCAGUAUUCCAUCAAGAGUAUCAUCCUCAGCGUUUUCCCCAACAUCUGCGUCAGCCUUUUUAAUGAAGACUCAUUCUGACUAUAAAAAGUGUAUGCCCGCACCAGUAAUUACAACUAAAGCAUCAACACCCACUGAUGUUCAAGUUUAUGGAACAGCACUAUCACACAAACAGCAUGAGUUCAACAGAAACAGUCUAGUAUCUUAUCAUCAGUCACCAAUACAGUCCCCUGGAUCCUCAAAUAGGAACUGUUCACCACAAGAUUUCACCUUUGAAGCUAAGGUCAGAGAUGCUCCGAAAGUACAACAGAUGAAAUCUUACAGACCUACACCAACUCCUCAAAAAUCAGACUUACGGUGGCAAACUUCCUUAUCUUACAACUGGCCUGCUGACCAUGUCAGGGACAAUCCCAUUGAUAAAUGUCAUGCAGGACACCAAAAUCUUUCAUCUGUUUCAUCAGUUGGAAGUCCUUCAUGUACUGAUGGAGCUGUCUGUCAUUAUGCUCAAGCAAACAUAUUAGGAUCAUUGGCUGCUCCAAGGUGUAGUCAACCCUACUGCAGCAUGAGGCCAGCUUCUUCAGAAAUGGUCCAGCUUCCAAGAGGUUCUGACUUUGCUACUACUACCUGUGAACGGAAUCAAAUGACUACUGGCCAGGGAUUCAUAACACAGCCUUCAUAUUAUCAGCAACAUACAAAUCCAUCACACUUUUCACCUAUGAAAUCAGUUGGUCAACUUUCAGUGAUUUCCUCACCAUCUGGAACAUUCCCAAUUAUCAACUCAUUAGAUAUACAUCAUGAUCGACCAUUGUCUUUCCACGGGGCUCCAGUUGAACGAUAUAGCUCACCUAGUCCAUCGCAGAAGAGUUAUAGUAUUUCUGAGUGUUUCACUCCCACUGUGAGUGACGAGUUCUGCUCCCAAAAUUAUCACCACAGUUCUUAUCACAGUCAAACAUUUCAUGAUGAUGACAGCAGACCUGCUGGUUUUAAAAGAGACCGAAUUUUUGAUCGAAUUCGCAUUCCAUCUGCUACCAGCGUAAAUACAAAAUCUGGAUCUUUAGAAAUAGCUGCAUCAGACAGGAGCAGCCCUGGGUCACCAAUGUUUCAUGUUGACAACAGAGAGUCCGUGAAAUACAAGGGCUCUGCUAACAGUGAUGACUACAUCUAUAGGCCAAAAAUGCCAGACCACCAUGAAACAAGAGAUAUCACAUUUGAGAAAAGCCCUACACCAGUAGGUUUCAAAAUCCAGCAGGGAACACUAGGAGGUAUAUUUGUAUCUUCAGUCAGCGACAACAGCCUAGCAGCACAGGCAGGAUUGGUUAUUGGGGAUCAGCUGUUAGAG